AUGUCCACCAUCACGCAGCACCGCCCCUCCCCCCUCCUCCAAGGUCGGCUGAACAUCAACCGUUCCUCCCUCCCCACCCAGGUCCAGGGCACCGGCAUCAACACCCCGGACCUCGUCCGCGUUCUCGAUCCCAAGGCGCCGUCGCUGUACGUCCCGGCCUUCCAGCUCCCCACUCCGCCCACUAGCGGCCCCGCUCGUGCUUUGCAGUCGCGCGACCACCCGGCUUUGUCCCAGGUGCUCGAUGCGGACCUGCACGAGGUGAUCCGGUCGACGAUCACGGACCGGGCGGUGCAUGAUGGCGGAGACGAGUCGGCGUUCUUCGUGGCGGACCUGUCGGCGGUGUAUCAGGCGGUCCAGAUGUGGCGUCAGUCAGCCAUGGGCGAUCGCGUAGAGAUCUUUUACGCUGUCAAGUGCAAUCCCUCCCCUCAGGUCCUGCACCUUUUAUCCUUGCUCGGUACAUCGUUCGACUGCGCCUCGACCGCCGAGAUCCAGCAGGUCCUCGCCCUGCCGUCAGCCCCCUCGGCGGACCGCAUCAUCUUUGCCAACCCCUGCAAACCCGCCUCGUUCGUCCGCGCCGCGUCAGACAUGGGCGUCGACAUGAUGACAUUCGACAAUGCGGACGAACUUCACAAGGUCAAGCGUUUCCACCCAGGGGCGAAACUCGUCCUUCGGAUCCUCACGGACGAUUCUAAAUCCCUCUGCCGGCUCGGUCUCAAAUUCGGCGCUCCCCUCUCUACCUGCCCUACCCUCCUCCGCCUGGCGUGGGAGCUCGGACUAAACGUCAUCGGUGUCAGCUUCCACGUCGGCUCGGGUUGCAAGGAUCCCAUGCAGUUCGAGGAUGCGGUCUGGCGGGCAAAGAAGGUGUUUGCCAUGGGCAAGGAAGUGGGGUAUGACUUCCGGUUCUUGGACAUUGGCGGCGGGUUUGAGAGGGAGACGUUUGACGAGAUGAGCCGAGUGGUGAAGGAUGGGCUGGACACGUACUUCCCCAAAGAGGAUGGCGUGCGGGUUGUAGCGGAGCCAGGAAGGUUGCUUGUGUCGAGCGCUUUCACACUCGCUACCAACAUCAUUGCCCAACGGCGGGCUCUCGCUUCGCCUGACGCAGGACCGUCCACCCCUUCAGCAGAGGAGAACGAAGAAGGAGAAGGCGCGGACGUGAUGUACUACAUCAAUGACGGCGUCUACGGUUCCUUCAACUGCAUCAUGUUCGACCACCAAAUCGUCCACCCCUACCCCCUCACCAUCUCGCACCAGCUCCAAUCCGCCACCCCCUCUUUCCCGCCCCCGCCGAACGUCGAUCUCGCAGUGGACCUUCCCGUCCAGCUGGGCUACACGGACGUCGAGAAGGCCUCGGUCUGGGGCCCGACAUGCGACAGUAUUGACUGCGUACGGUCGGUCGUGCCCCUCCCGAAAGGGCUGGAGGUGGGUGAUUGGAUCGGAUGGGGGGAGAUGGGCGCGUAUACCCUCUGUGCCGCUUCGAACUUCAACGGGUUUGAAAAGUCUCCAAUGGUCUGGACGACCGGCGGUCUGACCCCCAAUGCGCUCGCUGUACGGGCUACGUUGGAUGCGUUCGACGGUCCUCAGAGAUGA